AUGACCGACUCUCUCAAUCCUCCCCUCUCCUACGAGGCUUCGGCCACUACCACCCAUCCCCAUGAGGCCGAUUCCCUCCCUUCCGAGGUGGUUGUCUGCCUGAAGAACUCCCGCUUCCUUCAUCUGGCAACAUGUGAUAACCUCACCCCUCAUAUCUCCCUGAUGUCCUAUACAUAUCUCCCCUCAACCCCCUACGACCCUUACCCAACAAUCAUCAUGACCACGAACCCCGCAUCGCGAAAGACGAACCACCUCCUCUCAAACCCACGCAUCUCCCUCCUCGUCCACGACUGGGUCUCGCACCGCCCACCGACCCGAGCUCCGAAUCCCGACGGUCGUGAGGGCUCUCCCCCACCCGCAGCGAGCCGGUCGUCGCUCGCCAGUCUCCUCCUCAACCUAAACACGAGCGCAUUGUCCAGCAUCUCCACCACAAUCUGCGGCGAGGCCCGCUUCUUGGAACCUGGCUCGGAUGAAGAGAAGUGGUGCAAGGAGAGACAUUUGGAGAAUAAUACUUUUGAAGAGGAGGAGAUUACCUUUGGUCAGCAGCAGCGCGGGGAUCCGAAUCAGAGACGCCCGAGUAUGUCGAUUGAUAGCGAUGUGCGUGUGGUGACGGUGCAAGUGCGUGAGGGCCGGAUUGCUGAUUGGAAGGGUGGAGUGAGGGAUUGGGUCUUGCUUCCUCGGGAACAGGAGCAGGCUGGUCUCGUCAAUGGUGUAUAA